AUGAACCUCCGGGUCUCGGACGAGUGUUGGGCCCGAUGGGGCGCCGUCAUCCGCCACCUCGCCAAAGAUUACGGCUUCCCGGCUAGCACCAAGAGCGAGCUCAAAAUGUUCCUCCGCCUCUAUCGCGGCGGCGGCAGCACGUUCCGGGACAAGAGGGAGUGCUGGCGGUUCGUCAUCGACACGAUCCGCCGCGACAACGUCAUCCACAAUAUCGUCGCCAUCACCCUCACGUCCGAGACAAAGCAGAAACCGCGCUACCACGGCGCUGUCAUUACCCGUGCCUGCGACGUCCACCCCAACCCCGGCGGCGAUGACUUCGUCGGCGCCCCGGACCUGCAGUGGAUUGUCGUCACGAGCGGCGGCGAGAGCUACCAGCACUGCUGCGGCAAGGAGUGCAACUCCCUGGAGCGGUGUCACGCCGCCCGCACGCUCCGGAACAAUUGGGAGAUGACCCGGCUGUGCAUCAUCCAGAAAGCCUACGAGCAGGAGGUCAUCGCCCUCCGUGACCACAUCGAGACGCUCUCGGCCCAGGUCGGGGAGAAGAACGCGUCAAGGAAGAAGUGGAAGGAUUCGUCCCGCAAAUGGAGGGAUCAAAACAGCCACCUGAACGAGACCGUCAACACCGUGACUCAAGAGCUGGCGAUGGCCAACAACGAGUUCCAUGCCACCAUCGACUCCAUGACCAAAGAUUUGAAAAGGGCCAAGUUCGACAACGCCUCGCUCCGGGCCAGGGUCCAGGCUCUCGUAAGGGAGAACAAAUCCCUCAGCACUCGGGAGGCGAUCAACGAAAUGCAGAAGAUGAGCCGGGUGCAGCAGCACGUGAAUGACAACAGCAACUACCUCGCGAGCGGCCAGGCCAAGGACGAAAACACUGCGCUCAAGGAGCAGAACGAGAUCCUGGAGAGAAAGGUCCAGGACAUGGAGACAAGGAGCUCCGGGCUGUUGGUUGAGAAAGUAAGACUUCAGAAACAGCUCGACAACAUGUUGAUGGAGGCAAAGGCCCUAGUACAAGAGACGAAGGUCAUGGGAGAGAACUGCGGCAACGCAGACACCAAGAUCAAGGAGCUCUCCGACGACGUCAAAGAGUUGAAUGUUGACAUGGAGAUCGCUGAGCUGAACCACGCAAUAAGCAAGAAUAAUAUGCAAGCCAGGAUCAACCGCCUGACCAGCGCAAACACGAAGCUCGAGAGCGAGAAGAAAGACCUCGACAACGGUUUAGCUACACUCGAGGCGAAGAACCGCGACUUGACCGACCAGGCAAAGCGCGACGCAGCGACCAUCGGCAAGCUCGAGGCCACGGUAGGGCUCAACGACGACAGAGCCAGCCAGCUCGAGGCCACACUCGACAAGACCCGGAGAGAGUCCGAAAGCAAGACCCUCCAGCACGCAGAGCAGGUCGCGCGCCUCGAGAGGGCCAUCCGCGAGACGGAAUACUCCGUCCGCUGUCUCCGCGACGAGACACACCACCCGCAAACCCUGCCCGCCCGCGAGCUCGAGCGCCAGCGCGUCAUCUCCCGCGAGGCCCACGAGCACGCCGCGGACCUGCAGAGCAAGCUCGACGCCGCAGAACUGCUGAUGGAGGCCAAGGCGGCGGAGAUGGUCGCCCUCGAGAGGAAGUGCGCCGCUGCGGAGGCGCGGGCGCGGUCGGCCGAGGGGAAGAACAGCGGCAAAGAUGCGGCGGCGGUAUCGCGCGAGGAGACGCAGGCGAGGCUGCGGGAGCUCGAGAGGCGGUGCGCCGAGAAGACGGCGGCGGCGUUCGAGUGGCAGGCCAAGUGCGAGGACCGGAACACGUACACGCUCAGUCUGGAGAAGGACGUCGAGGAGAUGAGGGGCGUCAUGGAGGGCGUGCUGGGCAGGGUGUCGGUCCACCAGGGGCGGAAGCGCCGGCGGACCGAGGGUCCUGAUUUCAAGGUGUAG